AUGAUCAAUAGGCAACAUCAACAAGUCAUCAACGAUGACAAACCCAAGAGAAAGUACAGUAAGAAUGGCUGUCGCGAGUGCAAAAGAAGAAAAAUGAAAUGUGAUGAAACUAAACCACACUGUUGGCAAUGUUCAAGACUAGAUAAGCCAUGCGUUUACGAUAUGGCUAAAGAACCCAAAUCUACCACCAAGAAAAGGAAAAAGUCUACUAGCGGCAACCAACCUUCAACGAAACAACCAUCGCCACACUCAACACCAACUACUCUUUCGGAUAGCACCACACAUUCCAGCAACUCCCGCUCUACCACUCCCUCAAGUUAUCAUCCACCUUACAAUCCACCUUAUUCCUAUACAUCUUCAUCCACUUCCUCUUUGUCCUCAUCAUCGUCAUCUUCCUCAAUACCAAGCUAUCACAAUAUAUCUCUGAUUUACGAACCUGGAUACAGUAGUGGAUACAAUCCCAAGAGUUACAAAUCUUCACUAUCAAAUAUUUUAAACAAUACUCCUUCACUACCCAAUCUUCAAACGACGUCUGUCCAACCCAACAGCAAUGAUGCAAGUUUUCCGUUAUCUUCACCACUACGCCAUCCGACAACAAUACCUUCGACAACAUCCGUUCCCACUCAAAGAAAUCAAUAUUCCGAUACAAGUAUUGGCCAUGGUAUAGGACAAACAGUUACUCCACCAAAGAGCUCGCCCAUCGCCAUUCCUUCAAGGAGCACUGUUCAUCCUCAACCUUUAACUCAAUCUAAUAUAGUUAACAUUAAUACUCCAAAAACUUCCAUCUUCAGCUUUGGGAACAGUAUUAAUGGAUCAACCCCGGUUUCAGCUGGCUCGAGAGCCAGUCCCUUGAGCUCCCAUCAACCCCAAUCUUUACCACAACAACAAUUACAACGUUUACCUGCUUUGAUCCCUAGCUUUGGAGUUUCAAACUUGAAUCAGGGGAUUAAUGAAGAAAGCCCAUCGAGUGUGACUUCUAGCAUUAGUACUAUUGGAAGCACAUUAUCUUCCAGUAUUGGCACCAGUAACCCAGUAAUCAAUAGAGACCAGCAACAUCCCCAAAAAAUCAUGUUGCCUGAUAAUUUCCAAAAGCCUACUAUUAAUGCUACUCAUUUGAGCAAAAAAGCUGGUAUGGCCGACAGAUAUGACCCGAUCAAGUCUGACUUAUCGAAUAUCAACACUAGCAAUAAAGUUGUCAAUGACUCCCUCAGACAGGCUCUCGAAGGUUUCAAUUUCAAACUAUUGGCACAGGAUAUCAGCAGCCUUAUUGGUAAUAAUGACCCUACAUCAUUCACAAAUACUAACGAUGCGGAUGAUUUUCAAGACGUAUCUUUGACAAUGAGUCUCAAGAUAGUUGCCCAACCAGCUUCAGUCACUGGCGAUACCGCUAAAUCCAGAACCAGGGGGGCUUCGUUUAUCAAUGCCGUCCCAAGCUCCCACAACUACUUACCUCAUCUGAAUUCAAUAAUCUCCUCAUCUCCGCCAGCUUCCAAAAUGUCCAUGAAUAGACCAAGAUUGGCCCUGAUUUCAUCGGUAGGAAGUAAUGGUUCUUUUGCAUCAGUAACAAUGUCAGCAGCUUCAAGCUAUGUUGGUAGUAAUGGGCACCCAAAUAAUAUGAACCAUUCGAACCUUGGAUUGGGUUAUACUGGGGCUUCAGAAACCGUAUCACUAGGAUCUUCAUUUGAUGGCGAUGACAAUAUUUCUGCAUCGCGAUCAACGUUAAUGAGAAAUACUAACUCCAUGGCUAGUGUUGAUACCAAACAAGAAUACGCUGAAAAUGACGGUGGUUCAAGGUCUGAAUAUCCUCAGUAUGAUGAUGCUUUGCUCACUGCAUCAGUUUCCUUAGACGCAAUUCAAAUCCCUGAGGCUCACAAACCUUAUCUUGAUUCAUUUUACAAUGAAUUUUCUAGAAAACUUUCCCCAUUUGCGAACCAGAAUGGUUCGAAUCCAAUUAGAGACAUCCUUUUACAUUAUGCUACCAAUCAUCGAUACUUGCUAGCGGCGAUAUUGGCUUGCGGUUCAGUAGCGGGAAACACCCACCAAGCUCACUAUUUAUCUCAAUGCUACCGUUUAUCAUUGAUACUGCUUCAAGAUGAAACCGCAGCAAUCCAAAAUAUCGAACCUCUUUUAUUGACGGUGUUAUUAUUGAUCUCUUUUAAUGUUACUUUGAAUAGACAUGGUUGGAGUGCUCAUUUACAAGGUACUAAAGAAUUGAUGACAAGGUACGCCCUGAAACAGUUUGGUUCUAAUGAGGAUAGUGAAGUGCCUUCAGCAACAAUAAUCCCACUCUGUAUCCAUUGGUUCAAUUCAUAUGAAAUCUUGAUGAGUUUGAAUAACCCUGGCAUGCUAUUAUCUGAUAGUACUGACUAUGACUUAUUUUUUGCCACUCUGCCUUCCCAAACUGAUCAGUUACAAACAUUGGGAUUAGUAACUGAUGAAGGUUUCAAUUUGAUAUAUGGACAUUAUCAUUCACUUAUGGGUCCGGUGUGUCGGUUAUUAAAAAUGAUUAAGGAAAAUCAACCGCAGUAUGAAGAUUCCAAGAUAGAAGACAUUGAAAUGAUCGGUGAAAAAUCGAGUUUUGAUAGAGUCAGCAGAGAUCCUAUUUCUGUGUUCAAGGUUUUUGAAUUGAUUUCUGAGUUUACAAAUUCCAGAAGUUGUUAUAAAGUUUCUUCAACAGCAGAAAUACCCAAGGAUCAUGACUUACACUGGACAAAGUUCGAUUAUGAGGGGCGGAUCCAAUUGGGGAAAUUGAUUUUGGAUAACGGUAUUGGAACAAUGUAUGUUUGUUGUGAUACUGUUGAUUUAGGGCAUGGUAUUAAUGAAUUUGCGGUAAUUCAAUCACGGAAAUUUGAAGUUCAUAUGUUCCAUUGGCAAGAUUUAUCGCACCAGCUAUUUGUUCUUGGCUGUCUAUUAUAUUUGGCGAUUAACUUUUUGGGAUUACCAAAAGAGAACUCCAUGGUGCAACAAUUGGUCGAUAAUAUUUAUAAUAUUCUGUACUUUUUGCCGUUCAUUGAAGUUGACCAGGAAUCUACAAAACAGGAUCCAGUAAUAUCGAUUAAGAAGAGACGAGCUCUUGACGAUGAAAGCCCAGUAACGCUACAUGCCGCACUUGAAACUUCAGUGAACGUUGGAGGUAUUAUAAAUUCCAAAAUGGUGAUUUCGAAAAGUACCAUAAAGACUGAUGCGUUGAAAUACUAUUUGAUGAAAGUCCAGUGGCCGCUUUUUCUCGCAGGGAUCAACAGCACUAAUCCAGUACAUCAAUCCCAAAUUGGAAAGUUUUUCCAGCUAUUAGAGGAGUUGGAAGUUGGGUCUGCUGGUUAUACAUCGGCAAAAUUGCGCCAACACUGGAUCAAGGAAAGUCAAAAUGACUGA